AUGGAUCCGACCGACCCAAUCAUCCAGCUAGUAGUCUCGAGCCGUGUUGGGGAGACAGCACGUCUCAAUGUUCACCGCGGUGUUCUCUGCAAGAGCUCAGAAUUCUUCCAAAAUGCUGUAAAGCCAGAGUGGACCACCGAAGGAGAAAGAGUCGUCAAUCUUCCAGAGGAUUCGGCACCUCUGGUCACCGGCUACGUCAAGUGGCUUUAUCAUGACAAGAUCACCAUCAAGCUCUACGAAGCGAGGAAACACACAACGGAGGAGAGGGCCGACGAAGCGGAGAAGGUCUUCAUUCUGCUUGCAGAAGCAUACGUCUUUGGAGAAAAGAUCAUCGACGCGAAGUACAAAAAUGCGGUGAUAGAGACAAUAAUAGCAGCCUGCGAGGCUUCGAGCUGGAAUAUGGGUCCUGAGAGUGUCAGCAUCGCUUACGAAGGCACCCCUCCAGGAUCUCCGUUGCGGCGCAUGAUUGCUGAGAGUAUCGCGUACAAAGCUUUUGUCGACUCAAAAGAAGGUGUCGGUUGGUUACAUUUCAUCGAAGGAUACCCGAGGGAUGUUUUGGUAGACGCGCUGAAGGCCAUGGUACGGGUACGUCCAAAGCCGAGUGGUAAACUUUGUCCUUCUGUCUAUUGGUACCUCGAGAAAGCAUAG